UCAAGGCCUGGGUUCAACAAAUUAAUCUUCAUCGCCUAAGCCCGACUCAAAUGAAAUGCAAAAAAUCCCAAACCCAAAACCUCAGAAGAACAGAAACCUACAAAGUCCCAUUAAUCCCUGUUUUGAAUAUUCACCUCUUCUUCUUCUUCUUCUUUGUUGUUGUUGUUGGGUUUUAAGGUUGUUGCUGAGCUUGUUAUUAUCAGAAAUGAGAAUUGCUCGAGUUCUGUUUGGUUCACUCGAAGGUGGCUUACCACGCCCAUGUCAGCAUCUCCAAAGUGUCAGAUUUCUCUCAACAGGAAAUGGGUUUGAUGGGCAGCGUCCAAAUUCCAACUCAUUCGAGCCAGAUGAUGAAUUUGAACGGAGGAUUUUUUGUGGGUAUUGAGGGGAUGGUCCGAAGGCUCAAUCCUUUUAUGAAAAGCUUGAUAGACUUUAGUGCUUACAUGACCGUUCUGGUUCUCCAUCGGGUAGUGAAGAUGAGCCAACAAUGGAUGGCUUGGAUGAGAGUUUCAAUACGUUAUCGGAUGGAAUGGAUGGGAAAUUGAAGAAAGCAGCCACUUGCUUUGAGUUUGAUCCCGAAGAAAUGGAUAAGGAUGAUUAUGUUUUUAGACCAGAUGUCAGCUUUCACUCUGGAAAGACGUACGAACUUAAGGGUUGUUUUUAGGCAAUUUUUGUUUGUUCUUAGUAAUAUUUCCCUUUCAUUCAAAUUCUGUGUAACAUAAUGCAGGAUAUUGAUCGUAGAAGGCCAGGAGUACGGAACCUGCCAGAAACAUCACAUUUGAUGUAACUACGGAGGAAGUACCGAAAAAGCUGAUAUCAGGGUGAGCCUAUCAGAAUUUAGCAUCACUAUUUGUUUUCAGAAUCAAAACAGAAGUGCGUUCUUGUUUUAUAAAUGAUGUAAUUACACCUAAUAAUGCAAUUCUAGUGCUGAUUCUGUUUGUUUGGUUUGCUUCACCUAUGGUAGAUUAUGGAGUUUCCUUUAUUAUAACCUUUUAGUUCAUUUUGUAGGCUGGUAUUAGUGCGAAGGCCCAGAGGAAGGUUGCCAGGGAGAUCAAGACUGCCAGAGUGUUUGGUCUGAUGCCGUUUACAACAAU